UCGCCAUUUUGAUUCGAAAAAUAUGACUGAGUUUUUCCUGCUUUGCGUGCUAAACUUAGCCCCGCGUUUGAAUUACUUUGUGUGCGAGUACGUAUCAUACACUCUGCAUUUGAAAUAACUCGGAUUGUUAUUAACACCACGUAGUCAUUCACGCGGGGGAACAGUUUAUUUUGUAGUCUUCUUAGCCACAUUUGACUAUCGUUAGCUAAGUUGAGCUAGCUAACGGCGGUCUGUGCUGUCGCAGACUGACCCCUUCUUCAAAACAAAUCACUAUUCGCUCACAGGCUAACGUAUGUUAGCUCAUACGGCUAGCUAACAGUAGCUGGACAGCUAGUGAUUUAGUAGCUGGCUGCUUAACAAAAAACAGCAACAACUCGGAUCACACGGAAUUACUCGCAGCGGACAUUCAACCAAAGGGUAUGGUGAGCCUCUCAGCGUCCCGUCUCCUAAAGAGGCCCGUGUUUUAAAAGGAGACCCAUGCUGAUAAAUGCCAGGCCUCGCCACACUCUCUGUCGUCUGCACAAACACAAAUGCCUGCCUGCCCGUGGGGGAGGUCUGAUUAAAGAUAUCCACAUUUCAUCCACUGGGCUGUGUCCCCCCUCCCAGCGGCCACCAUGUUUUGGAAGUUUGACCUGCACACCACCUCCCACAUUGACCAGCUGCUGGACAGGGAGGACGUGACGCUGAGAGAGCUGAUGGAGGAGGAUGACGUCCUGCAGGAGUGCAAGGCCCAAAACCGUCGGCUGCUCCUCUUCCUUUCCCAGGACCACUGCAUGCAGGAGCUGGUCAGCCUCAUCACCACAGAGCCACCUGCUGAUCUGGAGGAGCGAAGCCGCUUUAAGUUUCCCAAUGUUGCUUGUGAGCUUCUGACCUCAGAUGUUUCCAUUAUAAACGAUAAGCUGGGUGGAGAUGAGUCUCUCCUCGAGAUGCUCUACCACUUCCUGGAACAGGACCCACCUCUCAAUCCUCUACUAGCCAGCUUCUUCAGCAAAACCAUCGGCAAUCUCAUUGCCAGGAAAACCGAACAGGUUAUUACCUUUUUAAAGAAAAAAGAAGGCUUUAUUGGUCUGGUGCUGAAACACAUUGACGCCUCUGCCAUGAUGGACCUGCUGCUUCGCCUCAUCAGUUGUGUGGAGCCUGCCCCUUUGAGACAGGAUGUUCUGCAUUGGUUAAACGAGGAAAGGUUGGUUCAGAGACUCACAGAGCUCAUCCAUGCUGGCAAAGAUGAGGAGAGACAAUCAAAUGCGUCCCAAACGCUGUGUGACAUCAUCCGCCUUAGCCGAGAUCAGGCCAGUCAGAUGCAGGAGAACGUAGAAGCUGACCCACUAUUGGCUGUGCUAGAAUCGCAGGAGAGCGUGGCAGGGCUUCUCAAGAACAUGUUUGAGGGGGAGAGGAGCGAGGCCUCCAUCGUUAAUGGAACUCAAGUGCUACUUACCUUACUGGAGACCAGGAGGUCUGGGUUGGAAGGGCUGAUGGAUCUGUAUUCUCAGGGUUAUGAAAGGUCUUACACUGUCAACAGCAGUAUUUUAAAUGCCAUUGAGCCCCAUUUAAAGGACUUCCAGCAGCUUCUUCAGGAUCCCCCCAAGAAAAGUGCAAUAUUGACGACCUUUGGCCUUCUAGAUCAGCCACUGGGGAACGCUCGCCUUCAUGUGGCCCGGCUGGUGGCUGCCCUGCUCCAGACCAAUGCACCCAAUAUCUGCCAGGAGCUCUGUAACCUGGCCACCAUGGACCUGCUACUGGAUCUGUUCUUCAAAUACUCCUGGAAUAACUUUUUGCACUUCCAAGUGGAGCUGUGUGUUGCCUCUAUCCUGAACCAUCCUUCCUCAGAGGAGCGGCCAGGCCUAGGCCUGCAGAACCACGAAGAGAGCGCUACAGCAUCCAGCCCUCAGGCGCAAGAGGAGGACGCGACAACAGACGGGACGAGCGACCCACAGACCUCCAUCCACGGUGCGCUCGUGGCACAUCUCUUCCAGAAGUGUCGACUGCUGCAAAGGAUCCUUGAUGCCUGGGAGGAGAACGAUAGAAUACAGGCUGAUGGUGGUACCAGGAGAGGCAACAUGGGUCACCUGACUAGAAUAGCCAACAUGGUAGUCCAGAACCUGGAGAAAGGACCAGUACAGACCCAGAUCUCUGACCUCAUCAGAGAGCUGCCAGAGGACUGCAGAGGACGCUGGGAGAGCUUCGUGGACGAGACCCUGAGAGAGACUAACAGGAGGAAUACAGUAGAACUGGUAAGCACUCACAAUAUGCACUCGUCCAGUGAGGACGAUGACAUGGAGAGCCCCUUCCCCAACGACCUGUCGCUCCAACAGGCUUUCUCAGACUAUCAGAUCCAACAGAUGACUGCCAGCUUUGUGGAUCAGUUUGGCUUCAAUGACGAGGAGUUUAGCGAACAUGAUGAAAACAUCAACGCUACGUUUGACAGAAUCGCCGAAAUAAACUUCAAUCUAGACGCUGAUGAUAACAGUGCCAACGCAGCUGCAUUUGAAGCCUGCUGCAAAGAGAGGAUACGCCAGUUUGACGAUGCUGAAGAGGAGGAGGAUAUCUGGGACGAUAAGGAGAUCAACUAUGCAACACAAGCUAAAUCCAGAACAAGGUUCGGGGUCUCUCAAACCUCAGAGGGAAGCUCCAGGAGCAGCAUGGAAAACGGAGGUCGGGAGCGGGACCGUGGAUCUGAAUCGGAUGAGGACGAAGACUCUGAGCAGAACACGUCAGAUUCGGGUCCUGGCUGGACAGCAAAUUUCAGGGAUUCUGGAGAGACCGCAGCAUCCCAAACCUCCCCCGGGUGGGAGAGCUCAGCAGGGAGCGCAACCGAGACACAGGAGACUGGCUGGGCUAACUUCACUGAGUUCCAGCCUUUCUCUGGUACAGAGACAGAUCCCAGGUGCAGCUCUCCUGUGGAAACGGGCAGCAGUGAUGUCGAUAAACAAGCCAAACAAAACCACGAGAAGAGCGCAGAUGUUAGUACCUCCCCUGGUCCAGCAGGAGAAGGGAGAAAGGCUCCGCUCGUGGCCUCAGACAGCAGCUCCUCCGGAGGCUCUGACAGCGAGGAGGAUGACAAAAAUGCUGGUGCUCCUCCCACCUCAGAAACAGCCAGUGCCCCGGGCAACAAGACGGCUGACCUCAAAAGUGAGGAGUGUCCGGUGUCUCUGGAGAAGCUCUCCCUGUCAGAUCCUCCUACAGCUUCAGAGCAGCAGGCUGCUGAGGAUUCACCUGUAAACACGCAGACUGACAGGAAAGAGGAAACGCCACCGCCCCAGGAAGUGUCGGUCAACGGGCCCGUGUGAGCGCGAGUGGGUCAGAAGCCCCUGAGAGACGGAGCCGCAGACUGUUAGCCUCCUCCAGAGUGACUCCCCUAAAUAACCUCACUGCAACUACGGUGUUUUUACUGAAUCACUCUGCCAUGUUAUUGGACCUGGACACUGCCAAUCGACACCAAUAACGAGGCGGCAGAACAUGUAAAAAAAACAACCCCCCCAAAUAAAACAAAGAAAAAAGCGAGACGGAGCAGAGUCCAGAGGAAUCUUCUUCAAAGCCUUUUCCUGAUGUUGCACAUGAUCCCGUGCAGUUUUAAUGUAGCAGCGAUCUUUGAAACGACAGAGUCCGAGGGGUAACAUCGUCACCGAUAUUUUUUUAUGUCCUCAAACAUUACUCUCCCGCUUCCCACCCUGUGGGAUUUUACAUGGGCACCCCGAAUGGAUAGCACAGGCCAACUUUAAAUGAUGCCUCAACAAUAAAUACGUUGUUUGUUUUUCCUUCAAGCUUAAGAAAAAGCACUUAUGCAGCCAUUUACUGUACAUUAUAGCACAAUGAUGUAAGUGUUGUACCUUCAUCUCUGCUGGUUGUCUCCUCUGUCCUCACAUCAAGGUUUUUAUCCAGUGUUUGGGUUUUUUUCCUUUUGGUCGCUGUUGAUGAAACAUCCCUUACCAUCGUACGUCACCAGGUUUCUGAAUGUUUUGAAGUGCUUCAGGACGCUCUGUUGAAGAGGAGGAGAAGCGGGUCAAUGAACAGAGCUCUAAUAGUAUUACUGUCUUUUGCUCAUGUGCAAUAAUGUCAAUUAGCCAUUUUAUUUAAAAAGAAAAAAUCAAUCUGGCAUCAGAGACUCAUUGGGUAGUUUCAGAUUUGGAUAUGAUCUCAAUUUUCUCUUCUUUUACUUUAGUGCAUGUAUAACCGGUUCUCUGUUGACCUAGCUAGUGAGCUAAGACCUUCUGAUUGUAUUGACCUUUAAGUUCUUGCUAUCCCCCUUAAAUCAACCAAACUUUAUCUACCUAUAUACAAAUAUUAUCUACAUUUAUAAGUAAUUUUACAAGCAAUCUUGAGAUUACUAUUUUUGUCUGUUCCUUUUCUCUCUUUCCACCAAGCACUUACUCACAGGGGGAGAGUGACAUUUGGUAAGAGUGACGCUGUAUGCCCCCCCCCCCCUUUUAUUAUUAUUAUUAUUAUUUUUUUUUUUAAGGUUAAUUUUAUUUUGUUUCUGAGCAGCAGAAUUGGAGGGAGUGCAGGUCUGAGUUCUGCAGAGCUACAGACCUCUUUGGUGUACUUAAAUCAUUUGACAGCGAUCAGGUUCUAUGAUUAUUGUUAAAAAAUUCAAAUUAAAAGUGUCUGGCUGACCACAUUAAUACCAAAGGCUCUGCUUUGCUGGUCU